AUGGCGCCUCUUGAAAAGAAGUGGGUCAAUGUUCAGGAGAAGACAUUCACCAAAUGGUUGAACAGCAAGGUCAAAAGCCGCGAUGUCGCCGUUACGUCGCUCGCUACUGAUCUUUCCGACGGCAUCAUCCUCAUUCACUUGCUCGAAGUCCUCAGCAAUGAGUCUCUCGGGCGAUAUGCCUCCAAUCCCAAAUUGCGCGUCCAGAAGUUCGAGAAUAUCAAUAAGUCCCUCGAUUACAUCAGACUGCGCGGCAUUCAGAUGACCAACAUCGGCGCUGAAGAUGUAGUUGACGGCAACCACAAGAUCAUCCUCGGUCUCAUAUGGACUCUCAUUCUGCGUUUCACCAUCUCCGACAUCAAUGAGGCGGGUAUGACGGCGAAAGAAGGACUGCUUCUGUGGUGUCAACGUAAGACUGCCUGCUACGAGGGUGUUGAGGUCCGCGACUUUUCCGCUUCGUGGAACGAUGGCCUCGCCUUCUGCGCCCUCCUGGAUAUCCACAGACCAGAUCUUAUAGACUUCGAUACGCUUGACAAGUCAGACCACAAGGGUAACAUGCAGUUGGCAUUCGACAUCGCCUCAAAAGAGAUUGGUAUACCAGACCUGCUUGACGUGGAAGACGUGGCGGAUGUGCCCAGGCCCGAUGAGCGAUCUUUGAUGACUUACAUCGCAUACUGGUUCCAUGCCUUUAGUCAGAUGGAAAGAGUCGAGAAUGCGGGCAGAAGAGUCGAGAAGUUCGUGAGCAACAUGCAAGGCGCUUGGGAGAUGGAGCACGCCUAUGAGAAACGUAUGCGAGCCCUGCUUCAACAAAUCAGACAGCAGCGCCAGACAUGGCAUACAGCUACCUUUGCCGGCACGUAUGCAGACGCGAAGCAGCAGGCAAAAGAUCUGUCCACCUACAAGCGGAAUCAGAAGAGAAAUUGGGUAGCCGAGAAGUCUGAGCUGUCGGCACUUUUGGGUAACCUCAAGACAAAACUUACCACAUACAGGCUUCGACCGUAUGAGCCCCCGAAGGAGCUACGCAUCGAAGUCUGCGACCACGAAUGGAACUCCUUGACCACAGAUGAGCAGGCUCGAAGCAAACUCAUCAACGAGACUAUUCGAGACAUCAAAAAUGCCUUACGAAGAAGCUUCGCGGAUAAAGCCAACGAUUUUGCUCUGACACUCAAUACCCUCUCACUGGCCAUCUCUGGCCUGGAAGGGGAUGUGGAGGACCAACUCGAGCAUGCCCAACGACUUUCCGCCAAUCUGGCUCCACUGGAGCAGUAUCUGGACGGCAUAGCGCUGCUGGACGAGCAGUGUCAGGAGGCGAAUAUCGACGAGAACGACUACACGACCUACACAUAUGACGAACUUGUAUAUGAACUGGGCCUUGUAAGGCAAAGUGUACAGAAGAAGCUCACCUUUCUGGAGAAUCAGAUGGUGGCUAGGAACAUGACUAAUCUGACGCCGAUUCAACUGGAAGAAUUCGAAUCCGUCUUCCGACAUUUCGACCGAGACGGCACCAACACAUUACAGGAGUUGGAGUUUAGUGCAGCUCUGGCGAGUUUGGGCUUGGUUUACGAUGAGGAGGAGAUGCACGAAAAGUAUCUCGAGAUCUGUCACUCUGGCAUUGAUCCGUCUUCGUCGCCAGUCUCACGCAGACAGCGCGAGUCAAGAGGAGUUGGCUUUGAGCAAUUCAUUCGCUUCAUGGUAUCGGUGACAGAGGAUCAGAACACAGCUGAACAGGUCUUCCAGUCGUUCCAAGAAGUGGCCGACGGCAAACCCUACGUGACCGAGAUGGAUCUGCGUCAUUCUCUGAUCCCGGACGAGCUCAUCGAUGACCUCCUGCACAGCAUGCCUGAGCACAAGGGGCCCGACAUGGAGAGCGACCGAAACGUCCCAAAAUAUGACUACAUUAGCUUCAUGGAGAAAAUGAUUGGAGGACAGGAGAAUGGCGCUCAUACCGAGAGCCCUAGGCCUCGUUCAGCACAAAUGAAUGGAGGCAGCCCCAGGACGCCGCCGCCGACUCAUAGAUGA